ACGCAGAUAACUUCACAUCAUUACGUGCUACAAAUUUGAAAGAUGGCUGCUGUAAAGUUUGCAGUUAUUGAUGUAAACGAUUUUCUAUCUAAAAAACAGUCCGCUGAACCAGAUUUAGCCGCUGACUGGGCUAAAUUAGAAGAACUUUAUAAUAAAAAAUUAUGGCAUCAAUUAACUCUAAAAGUACAGGAAUUAGUGAAUCAACCAUCUCUAAAAUCAGGAGACAACCUAAUACAGCUGUACAAUAACUUUAUAAAUACUUUUGAAAACAAAAUAAACCCUCUCUCUUUGAUCGAGAUUGUUGCACAUAUUGUGGAGCAGUACCCAAACAAAAAGGAUGCUAUAGCAUUCCUUGAGAAGAUGGAGACUAAAGUCAAAAUGAAUGAUGAAGCACUCGCACUGUGCAAGGUACUCCAAGGUCAAAUCUACUUGGAACAGCUGAAUGACCUGGACGCCACAGAGAAGAUUAUAGAACAACUGGAGGGCACCCUGGAAGACGCUGAUGGAGUGACACCUGUACAUGGAAGGUUUUACAAGUUAGCUUCGGAAUAUUAUAGGGUGCGCGGGCCGCUGGCGCGGUACUACCGCGCGGCGCUGCGCUACGUGGGCUGCCGCGGCGGCGGCGCCGAGCUGCAGCCCGAGCAGCGCCGCGCCUGCGCACUGCGGCUGGCGCUGGCCGCCGUGCUCGCGCCCAACGUCUACGACCUCGGCGAGCUGCUGGCGCACCCGAUCCUUGAGUCGCUGGAAGGCACAUCAGACGCAUGGGCAUGUGCCCUGGUGCGCGCGGUGGCGGCGGGCGACGUGGUGGCCUUCGACCGCGUCCGCGCCAAGGCGCCGCACCCCGACCUGCAGCGGGCCGACAGGCAGUUGAGACAGAAGAUUGCUAUCCUCUGCUUGAUGGAGAUGGCAUUCAACCGCACAUCAGCACAACGCAAGCUGACAUUCAGCGAGAUAGCGCGCGAGGCUCGCGUGCCUCACGACGAGGUCGAGUUGCUGGUCAUGAAGGCUUUGGCUGAGAAACUAAUACGAGGUCAUAUUGACCAGGUGAGCGAGAGCGUGCAGGUGCGGUGGGUGCGGCCGCGGGCGCUGCCGCGGGCGGGCGCGGCGGCGCUGGCCGGCCGCCUGGCCGCCUGGGCCGCCGCCGUCGCCGCCGCCGCCGACCUGCUCGCCGCCGCCGCGCCGGACCUGCUCACGUGAGCCGCCGCCGCCAGUAAUCAUGGUUCGUGGUUGGAAUACAGUUGCAAGUUUCACACCAUCAGCAUUAUGGAACAUUUGAAAUAAUUCUAUAUAAUAUUACAUUAACUGUCUACUUAUCUCUAACGUUUAAAAAUAGAUAUUGUAAUAAAUAUUUCACAUAAA